CGGGCGGCGCCGGGACCUCAGCUCUGCGGACCCCUCCUCCCUGCGCAUCACCCUUCUCCCGCAUUGUCUUCUUGGGGCUCGGCGCGCCUCCCACUCCGCAGCCCAACUUAGAGGCCGUCGCCGCUUUCCGGGUGGGGGGCGCGCCCGGCCGCCGAUGCUACCUCAGGCGCUCCGCCCCCAGCGAGGCCCCGAAUCCCUGCCCCGGGUCCCCGGGUCGGCGCCGCCGGGGCGGGCUCACUCCUCCCCUGGGGCGGGCGGCCGCGGUGUGGAGUCCGCGCCGUGAACAAGUGCUGCGGGCGCGAGGGAGCGGCUCCCCGGGGUCGACGCGGACGGUAAACACGUCGGGCCGCGCCUGCCUGUCGGUGCCUCUCCGCGGCUUCUCGGGGGCGCGGCUCAGCUGACCCGCGCGGGUCGUAGGCGAGCGGCCCAGGAGACCCGUGCGGUCCCCUCGCGCUCUGGGACCCGUGCAGCCAGCCGGCUCAGCUUGCAGCUAUACUUUGAGACCAAACAAAACUUUUUUUUUUUUUUUGGUAAAUACGGCUUACUGCCUUUUUUUUUUUUUUUUUCGCAAAGCCACGAAGUAUGUGAAGUUGAAAAAAGGAAAAACCCUAAAACUUUUUUUAAAAAAAUCAAGAAAGGGGGUAGAUAGGUUUGUUUUGUUUUGGAAAUAGUUCUUAUAGCAGAGUGAUACCGUCACAUUUAAUUUUCUAGAUCCCGGAAUUCACAAUGAAAGUUGGAUUGAGCGGUAUUUUGGUGUUCAUUCUUUGCUAAUGACACUCCUUAAUGAAGUUAUUUGGAGAGUUUAUUGCUUCAGUACAGUAAAAACCAGUGUGCCUUUUUUUUUUUGUUAGUAGUCCCCCCCACAACAAGUGUUUUAUUUUUAGAAGAAGCAGUUUCUUCAGUUUUUCUGAACUGUUGGAUUGCCCAGAUGAGGACAAACGGUGCAGUUCUUGAAAGUGUCCUGGGUCAUGAAACUUAAUCCACAGCAAGCUCCCUUAUAUGGUGAUUGUGUUGUUACAGUGCUGCUUGCUGAAGAGGACAAAGUUGAAGAUGAUGUAGUGUUUUACUUGGUAUUUUUGGGUUCCACCCUCCGACACUGUACAAGUACUCAGAAGGUCAGUUCUGAUACAUUGGAGACCAUUGCUCCUGGUCAUGAUUGCUGUGAAACAGUGAAGGUGCAGCUCUGUGCUUCCAAAGAGGGCCUUCCCGUGUUUGUGGUGGCUGAAGAAGACUUUCAUUUCGUCCAGGAUGAAGCGUAUGAUGCAGCUCAAUUCCUAGCAACCAGUGCUGGAAAUCAGCAGGCUUUGAACUUUACCCGUUUUCUUGAUCAGUCAGGACCCCCAUCUGGGGAUGUGAAUUCCCUUGAUAAGAAGUUGGUGCUGGCAUUCAGGCACCUGAAGCUGCCCGCGGAGUGGAAUGUGUUGGGGACAGAUCAGAGUUUGCAUGAUGCUGGCCCGCGAGAGACAUUGAUGCAUUUUGCUGUGCGGCUAGGACUGCUGAGGUUGACGUGGUUCCUGUUGCAGAAGCCAGGUGGCCGCGGAGCUCUCAGUAUCCACAACCAGGAAGGGGCGACGCCUGUGAGCUUGGCCUUGGAGCGAGGCUAUCACAAGCUGCACCAGCUUCUAACCGAGGAGAAUGCUGGAGAACCAGACUCCUGGAGCAGUUUAUCCUAUGAAAUACCAUAUGGAGACUGUUCUGUGAGGCAUCAUCGAGAGUUGGACAUCUAUACAUUAACCUCUGAGUCUGAUUCACAUCAUGAACACCCAUUUCCUGGAGACAGUUGCACUGGACCCAUUUUUAAACUUAUGAACAUCCAACAGCAACUAAUGAAAACAAACCUCAAGCAGAUGGACAAUCUUAUGCCCUUAAUGAUGACGGCACAGGAUCCUUCCAGUGCCCCAGAGACAGAUGGCCAGUUUCUUCCCUGUGCACCGGAGCCCACGGACCCUCAGCGACUUUCUUCUUCUGAAGAGACUGAGAGCACUCAGUGCUGCCCAGGGAGCCCUGUUGCACAGACUGAAAGUCCCUGUGAUUUGUCAAGCAUAGUUGAGGAGGAGAAUACAGACCGUUCCUGUAGGAAGAAAAAUAAAGGCGUGGAAAGAAAAGGGGAAGAGGUGGAGCCAGCACCUAUUGUGGACUCUGGAACUGUAUCUGAUCAAGACGGCUGCCUUCAGAGCUUGCCUGAUUGUGGAGUAAAGGGCACGGAAGGCCUUUCGUCCUGUGGAAACAGAGAUGAAGAAACUGGAACAAAAUCUUCUGCAAUGCCCACAGACCGGGAGUCCCUGAGCAGUGGAGAUGCUGUGCUUCAGAGAGACUUGGUCAUGGAGCCAGGCACAGCCCAGUAUUCCUCUGGAGGUGAACUGGGAGGCAUUUCAACAACAAAUGUCAGUACCCCAGACACUGCAGGGGAAAUGGAACAUGGGCUGAUGAACCCAGAUGCCACUGUUCGGAAGAAUGUGCUUCAGGGAGGGGAAAGUACAAAGGAAAGAUUUGAGAACUCUAAUAUUGGCACAGCUGGAGCCUCUGACGUGCACGUCACAAAUAAGCCUGUGGAUAAAGUCAGUGUUCCAAACUGUGCCCCUGCCGCCAGUUCCCUGGAUGGUAACAAACCUGCUGAGUCUUCACUUGCAUUUAGUAAUGAAGAAACCUCCACUGAAAAAACAGCAGAAACGGAAACUUCACGAAGUCGUGAGGAGAGUGCUGAUGCUCCAGUAGAUCAGAAUUCUGUGGUGAUUCCAGCUGCUGCAAAAGACAAGAUUUCAGAUGGAUUAGAACCUUAUACUCUCUUAGCAGCAGGCAUAGGUGAGGCAAUGUCACUCUCAGAUUUAGCCCUUCUUGGGCUGGAAGAAGAUGUAAUGCCACACCAGAACUCAGAAACAAAUUCAUCUCAUGCUCAAAGCCAAAAGGGCAAAUCCUCACCCAUUUGUUCUACAACUGGAGACAAUAAACUUUGUGCAGACUGUGCAUGUCAACAGAACACAGUGACUUCUAGUGGCGACUUGGUUGCAAAACUGUGUGGUAACAUAGUUAGCGAGCCCGAAAGCACCACAGCAAGGCAACCCAGCUCACAAGAUCCACCCAAUGCCUCCCACUGUGAAGACCCACAGGCUCAUACAGUCGCCUCUGACCCUGUAAGGGAUACCCAGGAACAUGUGGAUUUUUGUCCUUUCAAAGUGGUGGAUAACAAAGGCCAACGAAAAGAUGUGAAACUAGAUAAACCUUUAACAAAUAUGCUUGAGGUGGUUUCACGUCCACAUCCAGUUGUCCCUAAAAUGGAGAAAGAACUGGUGCCAGACCAGGCAGUAAUAUCAGACAGUACUUUCUCUCUGGCAAACAGUCCAGGCAGUGAAUCAGUAACCAAGGAUGACGCACUUUCUUUUGUCCCCUCCCAGAAAGAAAAGGGAACAGCAACUCCUGAACUACAUACGGCUACAGAUUGUAGAGAUGGCCCAGAUGGAGAUUCGAAUGAGCCUGAUACGCUGCCACUAGAAGACAGGGCAGCAGGCCUGUCCACAUCCUCCACUGCUGCAGAGCUUCAGCACGGGAUGGGGAAUACCAGUCUCACAGGACUUGGCGGAGAGCAUGAGGGUCCCGCCCCUCCAGCAACCCCAGAAGCUCUGAAUAUCGAGGGGAACACUGACUCUUCCCUGCAAAGUGUGGGUAAGGCCACUUUGGCUUUAGAUUCAGUUUUGACGGAAGAAGGAAAACUUCUGGUGGUUUCAGAAAGCUCUGCAGCUCAGGAACAAGAUAAGGAUAAAGCAGUGACCUGUUCCUCUAUUAAGGAAAAUGCUCUCUCUUCAGGAACAUUGCAGGAAGAGCAGAGAACACCACCUCGUGGACAAGAUACUCUACAAUUUCAUGAAAAAUCAAUCUCAGCUGACUGUACCAAGGACAAAGCACUUCAGCUAAGUAAUUCACCGGGUGCAUCCUCUACCUUUCUUAAGGCAGAAACUGAACGUAACAAGGAAGUGGCCCCACAAGUCUCACUGCUGACUCAAGGUGGAGCUGCCCAGAGCCUGGUGCCACCAGGAGCAAGUCUGGCCACAGAGUCAAGGCAGGAAGCCUUGGGGGCAGAGCACAACAGCUCCGCUCUGUUGCCAUGUCUGUUGCCAGAUGGGUCUGAUGGGUCCGAUGCUCUUAAUUGCAGUCAGCCUUCUCCUCUGGAUGUUGGAGUGAAGAACACUCAAUCCCAGGGAAAAACUAGUGCCUGUGAGGUGAGUGGAAAUGUGACGGUGGAUGUUAUAGGGGUUAAUGCUCUACAAGGUACGGCUGAGCCCAGAAGAGAGAAUAUAUCACACAACACCCAAGACAUCCUGAUUCCAAACGUCUUGUUGAGCCAAGAGAAGAAUGCCAUCCUAGGUUUGCCAGUAGCUUUACAGGAUAAAGCUGUGACUGACCCACAGGGAGUUGGAACCCCAGAGAUGAUACCUCUUGAUUGGGAGAAAGGGAAGCUGGAGGGAGCAGACCACAGCUGUACCAUGGGCGACGCUGAGGAAGCCCAAAUAGACGAUGAAGCACAUCCUGUCCUACUGCAGCCUGUUCCCAAGGAGCUCCCCACAGACAUGGAGCUCUCAGCCCAUGAUGAUGGGGCCCCAGCUGGUGUGAGGGAAGUCAUGCGAGCCCCGCCCUCAGGCAGGGAAAGGAGCACUCCCUCUCUACCUUGCACGGUCUCUGCCGAGGACGCACCUCUGCCUAAGGGAGCAGACUUGAUAGAGGAGGCUGCCAGCCGUAUAGUGGAUGCUGUCAUCGAACAAGUCAAGGCCGCUGGAGCACUGCUUACUGAGGGGGAGGCCUGUCACAUGUCACUGUCCAGCCCUGAAUUGGGUCCUCUCACUAAAGGACUAGGGAAUGCUUUUACAGAAAAAGUGAGUACUUUCCCACCUGGGGAGAGCCUACCAAUGGGCAGUACUCCUGAGGAAGCCACGGGGAGCCUUGCAGGAUGUUUUGCUGGAAGGGAGGAGCCAGAGAAGAUUAUUUUACCUGUCCAGGGGCCUGAGCCAGCAGCAGAAAUGCCAGACGUGAAAGCUGAAGAUGAAGUGGAUUUUAGAGCAAGUUCAAUUUCUGAAGAAGUGGCUGUAGGGAGCAUAGCUGCUACACUGAAGAUGAAGCAAGGCCCAAUGACCCAGGCGAUAAACCGAGAAAACUGGUGUACAAUAGAGCCAUGCCCUGAUGCAGCAUCUCUUCUGGCUUCCAAGCAGAGCCCAGAAUGUGAGAACUUCAUGGAUGUUGGACUGGGCAGAGAGUGUACCUCAAAGCAAGGUGUACUUAAAAGAGAAUCUGGGAGUGAUUCUGACCUCUUUCACUCACCCAGUGAUGACAUGGACAGCAUCAUCUUCCCAAAGCCAGAGGAAGAGCAGUUGGCCUGUGAUAUCACCGGAUCCAGUUCAUCCACCGAUGACACGGCUUCACUGGACCGACAUUCUUCUCAUGGCAGUGAUGUGUCUCUCUCCCAGAUUUUAAAGCCAAACAGGUCAAGAGAUCAGCAAAGCCUUGAUGGAUUCUACAGCCAUGGGAUGGGAGCUGAGGGUCGAGAAAGUGAGAGUGAGCCUGCUGACCCAGGCGACGUGGAGGAGGAGGAGAUGGACAGUAUCACUGAAGUGCCUGCAAACUGCUCUGUCCUAAGGAGCUCCAUGCGCUCUCUUUCCCCCUUCCGGAGGCACAGCUGGGGGCCUGGGAAAAAUGCAGCCAGCGAUGCAGAAAUGAACCACCGGAGUUCAAUGCGAGUUCUUGGGGAUGUUGUCAGGAGACCUCCCAUUCAUAGGAGAAGUAUGAGCUGGUGCCCCUCUGGUGUGCAGUACUCUGCUGGCCUGAGUGCUGACUUUAAUUACAGAAGUUUCAGUCUAGAAGGCUUGACAGGAGGAGCUGGUGUCGGAAACAAGCCAUCCUCAUCUCUAGAAGUAAGCUCUGCAAAUGCCGAAGAGCUCAGACACCCAUUCAGUGGUGAGGAACGGGUUGACUCUUUGGUGUCACUUUCAGAAGAGGAUCUGGAGUUGGGCCAGAGAGAACAUAGGAUGUUUGAUCAGCAGAUAUGUCACAGAUCUAAGCAGCAGGGAUUUAAUUACUGUACAUCAGCCAUUUCCUCUCCACUGACAAAAUCCAUCUCAUUAAUGACAAUCAGCCAUCCUGGAUUAGACAAUUCACGGCCCUUCCACAGUACCUUCCACAAUACCAGUGCUAAUCUGACUGAGAGUAUAACAGAAGAGAACUAUAAUUUCCUGCCACAUAGCCCCUCCAAGAAAGAUUCUGAAUGGAAGAGUGGAACAAAAGUCAGUCGUACAUUCAGCUACAUCAAGAAUAAAAUGUCCAGCAGCAAGAAGAGCAAAGAAAAGGAAAAAGAAAAAGAUAAGAUUAAGGAGAAGGAGAAAGAUUCUAAAGACAAGGAGAAAGAUAAGAAGACUGUCAACGGGCACACUUUCAGUUCCAUUCCUGUGGUGGGUCCCAUCAGCUGUAGCCAGUGUAUGAAGUCCUUCACCAACAAAGAUGCCUAUACUUGUGCAAAUUGCAGUGCUUUUGUCCACAAAGGCUGCCGAGAAAGUCUAGCCUCCUGUGCAAAGGUCAAAAUGAAGCAGCCCAAAGGGAGCCUUCAGGCACAUGACACAUCGUCACUGCCCACGGUCAUUAUGAGAAACAAGCCCUCCCAGCCCAAGGAGCGUCCUCGGUCCGCAGUCCUCCUGGUGGAUGAAACCACUACCACCCCAAUAUUUGCCAAUAGACGAUCCCAGCAGAGUGUCUCACUCUCCAAAAGUGUCUCCAUACAGAACAUUACUGGAGUUGGCAAUGAUGAGAACAUGUCAAACACCUGGAAAUUCCUGUCUCAUUCAACAGACUCACUAAAUAAAAUCAGCAAGGUCAAUGAAUCAACAGAAUCACUUACUGAUGAGGGAGUAGGUACAGACAUGAAUGAAGGACAACUACUGGGAGACUUUGAGAUUGAGUCCAAACAGCUGGAAGCAGAGUCUUGGAGUCGGAUAAUAGACAGCAAGUUUCUAAAACAGCAAAAGAAAGAUGUGGUCAAACGGCAAGAAGUAAUAUAUGAGUUGAUGCAGACAGAGUUUCAUCAUGUCCGCACUCUCAAGAUCAUGAGUGGUGUGUACAGCCAGGGGAUGAUGGCGGAUCUGCUUUUUGAGCAGCAGAUGGUAGAAAAGCUGUUCCCCUGUUUGGAUGAGCUGAUCAGUAUCCAUAGCCAAUUCUUUCAGAGGAUUCUGGAGCGGAAGAAGGAGUCUCUGGUGGAUAAAAGUGAAAAGAACUUUCUCAUCAAGAGGAUAGGGGAUGUGCUUGUAAAUCAGUUUUCAGGUGAGAAUGCAGAACGUUUAAAGAAGACAUAUGGCAAGUUUUGUGGGCAACAUAACCAGUCUGUAAACUACUUCAAAGACCUUUAUGCCAAGGAUAAGCGUUUUCAAGCCUUUGUAAAGAAGAAGAUGAGCAGUUCAGUUGUUAGAAGGCUUGGAAUUCCAGAGUGCAUAUUGCUUGUAACUCAGCGGAUUACCAAGUACCCAGUUUUAUUCCAAAGAAUAUUGCAGUGUACCAAAGACAAUGAAGUGGAGCAGGAAGAUCUAGCACAGUCCUUGAGCCUGGUGAAGGAUGUGAUUGGAGCUGUAGACAGCAAAGUGGCAAGUUAUGAAAAGAAAGUGCGUCUCAAUGAGAUUUAUACAAAGACAGAUAGCAAGUCAAUCAUGAGGAUGAAGAGUGGUCAGAUGUUUGCCAAGGAAGAUUUGAAACGGAAGAAGCUUGUACGUGAUGGGAGUGUGUUUCUGAAGAAUGCAGCAGGAAGGUUGAAAGAGGUUCAAGCAGUUCUUCUCACUGACAUUUUAGUUUUCCUUCAAGAAAAAGACCAGAAGUACAUCUUUGCAUCAUUGGACCAGAAGUCAACAGUGAUCUCUUUAAAGAAGCUGAUUGUGAGAGAAGUGGCACAUGAGGAGAAAGGGUUAUUCCUCAUCAGCAUGGGGAUGACAGAUCCAGAGAUGGUAGAAGUCCAUGCCAGCUCCAAAGAGGAACGAAACAGCUGGAUUCAGAUCAUUCAGGACACAAUCAACACCCUGAACAGAGAUGAAGAUGAAGGAAUUCCUAGUGAGAAUGAGGAAGAAAAGAAAAUGUUGGACGCCAGAGCCCGAGAAUUAAAAGAACAACUUCAACAGAAGGACCAAAAAAUCCUACUCUUGUUGGAAGAGAAGGAGAUGAUUUUCCGGGACAUGGCUGAGUGCAGCACCCCUCUCCCAGAGGAUUGCUCCCCAACACAUAGCCCUAGAGUUCUCUUCCGCUCCAACACAGAAGAGGCUCUCAAAGGAGGACCUUUAAUGAAAAGUGCAAUAAAUGAGGUGGAGAUCCUUCAGGGUUUGGUGAGUGGAAAUCUGGGAGGCACACUUGGGCCGACUGUCAGCAGCCCCAUUGAGCAAGGUGUGGUCGGUCCUGUUUCCCUGCCCCGGAGAGCAGAGACCUUUGGAGGAUUUGACAGCCAUCAGAUGAAUGCUUCAAAAGGAGGCGAGAAGGAAGAGGGAGAUGAUGGCCAAGAUCUUAGGAGAACGGAAUCAGAUAGUGGCCUAAAAAAGGGUGGAAAUGCUAACCUGGUAUUUAUGCUUAAAAGAAACAGUGAGCAGGUUGUCCAGAGCGUUGUUCAUCUCCACGAGCUCCUCAGCGCUCUGCAGGGUGUGGUGCUGCAGCAGGACAGCUACAUUGAGGACCAGAAACUGGUGCUGAGCGAGAGGGCGCUCACUCGCAGCUUGUCCCGCCCGAGCUCCCUCAUUGAGCAGGAGAAGCAGCGCAGCCUGGAGAAGCAGCGCCAGGACCUGGCCAACCUGCAGAAGCAGCAGGCCCAGUACCUCGAGGAGAAGCGCAGGCGCGAGCGUGAGUGGGAAGCUCGUGAGAGGGAGCUGCGGGAGCGGGAGGCCCUCCUGGCCCAGCGCGAGGAGAAGGUGCAGCAGGGGCAGCAGGACCUGGAAAAGGAGCGGGAGGAGCUCCAGCAGAAGAAGGGCACAUACCAGUGUGACCUGGAGCGACUGCGUGCUGCCCAGAAACAGCUUGAGAGGGAACAGGAGCAGCUGCGCCGGGAGGCAGAGCGGCUCAGCCAGCGGCAGACAGAACGGGACCUGUGUCAGGUUUCCCAUCCACAUACCAAGCUGAUGAGGAUCCCAUCGUUCUUCCCCAGUCCUGAGGAGCCCCCCUCGCCAUCUGCACCUUCCAUAGCCAAAUCAGGGUCAUUGGACUCAGAACUUUCAGUGUCCCCAAAAAGGAACAGCAUCUCUCGGACACACAAAGAUAAGGGGCCUUUUCACAUACUGAGUUCAACCAGCCAGACAAACAAAGGACCGGAAGGGCAGAGCCUGGCCCCUGCGUCCACCUCUGCCUCUACCCGCCUGUUUGGGUUAACAAAGCCAAAGGAAAAGAAGGAGAAAAAAAAGAAGAACAAAACCAGCCGCUCUCAGCCCGGUGAUGGUCCCGCGUCAGAAGUAUCAGCAGAGGGUGAAGAGAUCUUCUGCUGACCCUCUUCCUCUCUGCUGAGGCAGCUGCCUCCUGAUCCUGGCCAGCCCACCUCUCCUGCUGUCCCCACGUGCACAAGUCUCUUACACUGGACGCCCACUGCUCCUCAGCGUCCAGUCCUCCUGGGCGCCCCCAGGUCCUGGACAAUAAGGAACAGAUGAUACUGAGUGUCGGGAGGGGAAGGAGGCCCAGACUCUGCUUCAGCCAUGAUUUGUGACUGCCCAGGACUCUCAGGUUGGGCUGGCCCUACUCAGGAUUACACUGAAAGUGAUGGCCUCGUAAGUACAGGUGAUGGUUUUGGACACGUCAGGAAUUCCUAAAGGCUGAAAGAGUGUAUCCAAGUAAGGUCUGAACCUCCGACUGCCUUUUAUUUGGGGGAACACAAAACCAAACAGCAGAUGUUUUGGACUUGAUCUGUGUACAUACAUGGGGACCUGUCUGCAUAUACACACGGGGAAUGCUAGAAGAAGGCCCAGUUUGCACCAGGCGUCUGUCAACUUAGCUCAGCACAAGGGCAGUGCCUGGACGGACCCGGAGCCCCCGCAUAUCAGCAGUUCACCCAGUACUCCUCAGAGACUGGUUUCCCUCUAAACCCAUCCCGGGCACAUACCACCCCUCUUUUGCAUGUAUUUCUCAUUUCAUUUUAGGGAUGACAAACAUUUGUGAAACCAGUGAGAGAAGGCUUGAUGUGUAUAAAAGACGUGAUGUGCACCACCUCGAUCUCGGUGUUUCAGGCACUAAAGCAACAAAACAACCCAUAGUAUCUCAUUUUGUCAUCAAAUCCAGAAGAAAUAUCCUGGUUUUCCAGCAUGUUUACCCACAUGUUUUGGGCAUGGAUAAAGUGAAGAGGCCUACUCACCAUUAUCCCUGCAGCGUGACACCUUUUGAUUGUCACUGACCACUCAGAAGGGGCCACGGCCUCCUGGCUGUGUUCCUGAGCCCCUGUCGUGCCUCUCCCAGACAGCAGCUGUCUGGCCCUUGCUGGGUGAGGGCACACCACCGUCAGGGGUCAGCCUCCCACCCAGGCCAGGCAGAAGCUGUGCUCUGAAGCUAGGACAGUUGGCUGAGAAGUGGGUUCAGGCGAAGGGUGAAGCCAUGUGUAGCAGUUCCUGCCAGUGCAGAUCUGGAGAGGAGCUGGCCCGGAAGGCGUGGUUGUGAAAGCGCCCUUCUUAUGUUAGGAGGCCUUGGCAAAAUUGGAUUUCUUCAAAAAUGUAUCUGAAGGUCUGUUGUUGAAUUGUACUCUGCCCCUGGAAGCAGAUACAGAUGGCUGCCUGCUGCUCGGCUUUGCUUUUGCUUUUCCCACCAUGUUUUCAUCUUUGUUCACUUGAGGCUUUCCCCAGCUGGUGUGUGCAGGACAGUUCAUAGUAAUGUUGCCCUCUGAGGCCCCGUACACCAGAAGGGAGGCCCUGGAAAAUUUUGUGCCUCCAACGUGGCCUUCAAUUCUUGCUUUUUUGCCCCUCAGAAGCAUGGGGCUUUUGAGCACACUUAAAAAAAGAAAAAUCUGUAACUUGGUGCUUACUGAUGAAUUGCAAGCUGGCCUUGCAGAUGGAGAUAUUUAUCUUUCAGUUUAUUUGAAAGAGGUCUGGUUUAAAAUUUGUAGCCUAGAUUUGUUUUAUUUAUUGUAUUUGUGUGUUUGUGUUUGUUUUUCUUUUUUAAGGGUGAGCCAGGUCUAGCCAACAGUCUAAACUAUCCAGUCAAUACCGAGUGAAGUGGCAGCCAGCACUGUUCACUCUGUGUCUUUUGAAGUGCCUUGAAGGCCCAGAUGAAAUUUUAAAGGGAGGGGUCCAUGUCCUUCCCUCCCCCACCCCGCCUCAUUCUUUAAUCAAAGGAUGUCUUCUCCCUUGUUUGAGAAUGAAGAAACCCGCCACCUCUGACCUACCUUUGCCUUUUUCUGUCAUGGAGAAUACUCACCCUUCAGAAACAGACCAAAGGCCAAAACCUGCUGAUUUUUCUAUUGAAAAUAUGUCCCCUUGCAAAGACCCUAAACAAAAAGUUAAGUUGCUUUCUUUCACCAAUCUGUACAACUCCAAGUUACAGCUGAAUCUGUCGUGACUUUCCUGAGAUCUACCCGGGGCUUGGCUGUCUGUUCUGGUCACUGGCUCCGAGUUCCCCUCCUGGGAUUUGCAGGAGGGCAGUACUGAACCUGCAUUCUUCUCCUUGUAAAUGUAGGCCGGGUGCCCCUGUUCUCCGGGUUUGGAACAAUACGAGGUUGGUGCUGAUUGGAUUUGCUUGCGUACAUGCUCUUCACAAAAACACCGUGGAUGUUGAAGUUAGAGCACGUCGCCACAGAGCUUGACAUCGAUGUUAGAGUGUCUCUUACUCCCCGCCCAGCUGUGAUGUUUCAUCUGCUUUGGUUGUUUUGGUGGUCUUUUUUAAAAAUAGAGAUUUCACAUCUGCCCAGACCCCACUCAAAACGAUUUGGUCAGGUUCUGGUUGGACAAGUUUAAAAUCAAAGUAGUGCCCGGAAUUCCCUCAGACCACCCAACUUCAUCCAGGAAUACAGUCUGCAGUGCAGAAAGAGAACCGCUUACCAAGAACUGUGCUUACAUACCUUUGUCAUCUCUCUUCCCCCUUGGAAGUUGUCCUCAAGGGGAUUUGUUCCUGUCCUGGGGAUUUACCUGGGAUGGUGGCUGCCUGUGCUUUUGCUCAUGGCCUUGACAGUGCUCUAGUUGCUGGAUCUAAUGGCCUGUCUUGGUUUCUAUCACAUGAGAAGGGGUUGUUUUUUGGGGUGACUCGGACUGAAUUCCCCAUACUGUUUCCACACCGGGACACCAUGUUCUCCAUCAAGCUAAAGAAAUCACGUGCCUGAAAUUGUGCUUAAGUUUUGGGGGAAAGAUGGAGUUCCUAUCCAGAGCCCCCAGAUUUCCAGAAUCGAGUGAGCUUCCUGGAAGGAGACUGCGUCUUCUCUCAAUUCCAGUCAUCUCAGUCGUUGUCGUUAGGUGACAUGUGCACUUUAAAUGCUCUCAUCGGUUGGCUUCAUUUUCAAGACAAUCAAAUGUAUUGACUGUGUUUUCUUCUUAGAAAAUGGAGAGGGUUAAAAACAUGCAAAGUGCCACUUUCAACCUUUGCCAGUAUUCCCUCUACCCCCGUGAGAGCUAUCUGGGGGGAAGAAUCCUUACCAACGUUUUUUUGGAAAGGUACGAAUCUUAACUUUUUUCCCCUUCUGUGUCUCAGGGUAAUACUAUUCAGAGUCGCCCCUUUGCUCAUUUUCUGCCGUAUUUGUUACCUUCCUGAGGCCUCAGUAUUAGUCGUGAGCACAAAGUUUUGAGACCUUUGGCGUUGUUUCUUGAUGUGGGAGGGGAGGUGUUUGUUAGUGCAUGCAAGGGUUGAACUAGAUAGACCCUGCCUUAGUAGAGUGUGGGACCAUAACCUUAGAGGCCAGAACUUGAUCCAGAAGUUGCUGUCCACAGAAGUACUUUCUAUUUCAUCAUUUUUGUUUCUAGGGCUCUUUUUCUGUAGCCAGGUCUUCCCAAGGAUUUUAGUAUUUGCAUUGGAGUUGAGGUUUACUCUAAUGAUGGUGGCCCAACUGUGCCCAGAGGACAGUCAGGCAGGCCCUGGGAGGGAGUUUAGAAAGACAGUCCUGGUGAGUGGGCUUCAGUGGUCACAAAGAGGGUGGCUGUGAGGUGACCCCAGACACUGCAGAACGAUGUGCACCCUCUGCGUUUGGAUGUCCUUGGAAUGUGGGAACCUAGAAAUAACCCUGUGGAUGGAAUUGGGGUGGCGGCUGCUGGAGAUCUGUGUGCCUUGCCUUCCUUCAGCAGGACCGUCUGGGUGCGCAGCCACCUAUGGAUGUGUCCCAGCCAGCCCCCUCGCUCUCGUCCAUCCUCAGAGACAAGAGGGCAGGGAGUUUGGGCUUGGUUUUGAACUUUCCUUUCAAUGUAGCAAAGCAUUCCUAGUUAACCAGAGCCUUGGAAUCUACUGCCUGCUGGCCAGGCUUUAAAAUGAAAAGUGUUUUAAUGCUGCCAUAAAAGGGAGGCGGUGGGGAGGAAGGGAAAAUAAAGGCAUCUUUCCAAGUACUCAUCUAAUUUAAUUGUCAAAAGAUAGGCCAUGAAUUACUUCUCCAUCUCACUAAGGGUUAAAGGCGUGCAAUCCCCCACUGGCCGUGUCCCCUGCCACCGAAGUGGGUGACCUGCCCUACAGCCAGGUGGGACCACCUGUGCUGCAGUCCGGAGGGGCUUCUGCAGGGAGCACUUGCCCCCACACCUUCCCCGGCCUGAGCUUCCCUACCUUUCGUCACCACCUGAGGGCAUGAGCACAGGCCACGGGGCGUGCCUGGUGAGUUUGCCUGUGGUUCAGGCUUAGCCUGCGGUCUCCUGUGUGCUGCUGCCCACGUGGGAUGCGCAGGGGAGGCGCGGGGAUCUGCAGGAGGGUGGUUGGGAUACACCGGAUACCUCUGCUCUCAUUGCUUGUUUCCAAAUGCUCUAUGGACAUUUCUGUGCUAAACCCUAUUAAAUAAAAAAGACGGGUUAAAACCCACAUGCUGUAUAUUAAUUUGUAAUUAUGUAUAAAGUGAAGCAGUUUUAAACUGUAAAGAUUUUUUUCAGUGUGUUUUCUCGAAUUUUGCCACAACAUACUGGCUUCGUAUUUUAUUUAUCUUUCUUUCUAGUUACCAGCUUCAGACCCUUGUAAAGUCUCCCUCAGCCCUUUCAAAAAAUAAUAAUAAAUUUCCUGUGAAGUUC